UGGCUGCGCGCGGCUGACGGUGGGAGCAGAGCCGGGAUGUAGUUGGGAUUUUGCUCUGUCAGUAACACAUGUGGAUGGGCGGCGGAAAGAGACGCGCACGGAGAGGGGGCCUCCCUGCGAGUCCUGCCAGCGCCGGCGCCGCCACGGAACCCCCGCGGUAGCGGCAGCAGCAGCGGCGGCUCCUCCUCGCCCCGGCCACUCUCCUGCUGCCCGUGCGCGGGGCUCCGAGGCGCUUUCCCGAGCGGCGGGCGGGCGGUUCUCUGCCGCAGGAGGCUCCGGACCCGGCCAAGGAGGGUGGAGGUUGAGGGCGGGGGGAGCGAUACAAAGUGAAGCCACAUUGCCAAACUUACCCAGCGAUUGCAGCGGCGCCCUGCGCCGACAGCCCAGCGGCCGGGACUGAGCGCCGCGGCUCCCCUCCAGGAAGCGGGGGCUGGAGGGAGGACUCUGCCGCACGUCUCUCGUCUGUAUUUUGCCAGCCGGGCUGCCACUGACGGGGGCGGGGGGCUCUGCCGGCGGACGCGAGCCCCAGCCAGCGAGCAUUGUGUUUGGUUCUUUGCAAGAAAACCUCCACCGCCCCCCCGACACACCACCCUAUAAACCAGAGCGACGCUGCUCCCCAACCUCUUGCAAUAUAGAGGGGAAACAGACCAUGGUGAACCCGGGCAGCAGCUCGCAACCUCCCCCGGUCACCGCUGGCUCCCUCUCGUGGAAAAGAUGCGCAGGCUGCGGGGGGAAGAUCGCGGAUCGCUUCUUACUCUACGCCAUGGACGGCUACUGGCACAGCCGAUGCCUGAAGUGUUCAUGCUGCCAGGCUCAGCUGGGGGACAUCGGCACCUCCUGUUACACCAAGAGCGGUAUGAUCCUGUGCAGAAACGACUACAUCAGGUUAUUUGGAAAUAGUGGUGCUUGCAGCGCUUGUGGACAGUCAAUUCCUGCUAGUGAGCUGGUCAUGAGGGCACAAGGCAACGUCUAUCAUCUUAAGUGUUUUACAUGCUCUACCUGCCGGAAUCGCCUGGUCCCAGGAGACCGGUUUCACUACAUCAAUGGCAGUUUAUUUUGUGAACAUGAUAGACCUACAGCUCUCAUCAAUGGCCAUUUGAAUUCACUUCAGAGCAAUCCACUACUGCCAGACCAGAAGGUCUGCUAAAAGGUCAGAGUAAUGCAGAAUGCGUGCCUUCAUCUCAAAUUUUGUUCAUCACAGAUGGAUCCCAUGUCUCCAGUAGACAAGUCACCUUUGUAGCUAGCAUCAAUGCCAGCUCCAUGCCAUUGCACCUUCUUUAUUCUUGAUUGCCCUUCCUACAUUUAUUGGUGUAUUAAAAUGACUGAAUAUGAACAUUAAGGACUCCAUGAACCUGGGCUAAUGGGAGACUGUAGAGAAAAUGAAAAAAGAUCCACCGGAGGACAUCUUGGGGGGCGGGGGUGGGGAAAAUGUCUAAGGAAGCUAAUUAAAAGCAGCAUUGGAAUCUGCUUUCUACCCUUGUUAACAAUUAGCAGGGCACUGGCCAGAGUUUGUACCCAGUGUUUUACCUUAACAACAUUCUAUUUGCUCUUUGUAUAUUUAAGUGUUGUAAGGAAAUGUGUUUCAAUCAAACUGAACAUGAGAUAAAGGAAAGAUGUGGCUUUUGUGAUAUUCUAUCACAAACACUUUUAUUGUAUCUCUGUAAAAUACAAUGUAUGUAUGCAUGUAAGUGUUUUUGUCCUACUGUUGCUACUUCCCAUGGCGCGAAAAAAAAAGAAAAAAAAAAAGUCAAGCUCAUAGAAGCUACUGUGUAGAAAUUUUCACCUACUUCUAAUUUGCUGAAUGAAGAAAAAUCUUUUAUUUGUGAUAUUUUCAGAGACAUUUGCUCUAGUAUGGUGUAUUUAAAUAAUAAAAACUUAAAACAAAAACA